CACAGCAUGGCGAGCGGGUAAAAACCUCAGGGUAGUACCUGUGACGUUGUUUCAGCCCAACAGCGGGAGGGAGCUCGGGAGCAUAAAACCGGGGUAGCUUCCAACUCCAUUUUUGACCUUUCAUCAUCAUCACCGGCCGGGCCAACAACACUCACUUCACUCAUUCAACGUCAAGCCUCUCACUGACAAUCGCGAUCGACUUACCAUUAACACCAACUCACCAACCGUCCACACACCUAGACUACCUAGCAAGAGGUCACCCGCCCACCAUGUCCUCCUCCUCCUCCUCAAACAUAACCUCCACAGCCUUCGGCAUAAAAGUCAUGUCCUUCCUCACCUCCAUUCUGGCCGGGGGGAUAGAAGCCUACGCCAAACUCACCGGGAAAAGCGAAGAUAAAGAAGAGGAUCACUCCUGGCAGAAGCCGGGGCCUGAUGACCGCCGCUGCCCCUGCCCAAUGCUAAACGCCCUAGCGAACCACGGCUACCUCCCGCACGACGGCAAGGAUAUCUCCCUGGCGGCAUUGAUGCAAGGCCUAAAAAGGGGGAUCAAUUUGGCGCCGGAUGCGAGUCUGAUUGUUGGGUUCAAGGCGUUGCAGGCUAGUAGCACGGGGAGGUGGAUUACUUUUCACCUUGACGAUCUUAACAAGCAUGGAGUCAUCGAACACGACGGAUCGUUAUCAAGAGGGGACAUCAGCAUGGGCGACAACCACACCUUCUCGCCCGAAAUCUGGGCCACCACUCUUCAAGUGAUCGGCUCCGACGAGCGGAUUAGUAUUGAGAAAGCAGCGCAAAUGCGCGGGUUUAGGAUUGCGGAAGGGCCCAAGAUUAACCCCCACGGAUUUAAGAUGAGUAGCGAUGAUUUGCGGUUUAGUGCUAUUGAGACGGCCUUGUAUUUGCGCGUGUUUGGACGGGGAACGGAGGGCGGGGCGGAGACGAGGUGGGUGAGGGUUAUGUUUGAGGAGGAAAGGCUCCCAAUUGAAGAAGGAUUCAAGAGGUCCGACAACCCGCUCACGAUUGCGGAGAUUUUGGAAUUGCAAAGGAAGGUUGAGGCUGUCGGUGCUGCUCCUGAUCCGAAGUGAGCGAUGAAGGAGGCUUUGGUGACGGACCAUAGAUUGAUUGAAUGAUGAAAAGACAAUUUUGAAAAGACAAGAAGCAAUUCUGCGAUCGCAAUAG